CUCUUUGCUUGUGAUGGCGUUCGAGGUGUUGCGGCAAUUUCGAAGAGGGUAGUCAGUUUUGAAAAUUUUGACAACGGUCUUAAAAAUGGCAGAUAAUCAGCAAAGUAGAUUCGAAAAAUCUCUUGGUUUAUUGACUACUCGAUUCGUUACUCUUUUACAAAAGGCGAAAGACGGCAUUCUCGAUUUAAAAGUCGCCGCAGAUAUUCUAGAAGUUAGACAAAAAAGACGCAUUUAUGAUAUUACUAAUGUCCUUGAGGGAAUAGGUCUUAUAGAGAAGAGAAGCAAAAAUAGUAUCCAAUGGAAAGGUGCGGGUCCUGGUUGCAAUACGCAAGAAGUUGGUGAAAAAUUGACUGAAAUUAAAGAUGAACUUAAAAAAUUAGAAGAUCAUGAACGUCAACUGGAUAAGCAUACGCAGUGGAUUCAACAGAGUAUAAAAAAUAUAGAAAGUGAUUUAAUUAAUAAAAAGUAUGCAUAUAUUUCUUACGAAGAUGUCAAAGAAAAUUUUCCCGAUGACUUUGUGUUAGGAAUUCAAGCACCACCGGAUACUGAAUUAACUGUGCCAAAUAUGAAUCAGGUAAUAAACGACGAAGAAAGAGACCCAAAUUAUGAAAUGUUAUUAAAAAGUAAUUCAGGUGAAAUCAAGGUAUACAUGGUUCAGCCAGAAUUAGCGAAAGCUUAUGAUAAUAAGGUAUUAGAAAUGAGGUUGCAAGAAGAAACAAAAGGCAUGAAGAGAGGAAAAGAAGAUGACGAGAAGAAAGAGGAUAGCAACAUUAAACCAAAGAGGAAAGUGGGAAGGCCACCGAAAGGUAACAGUAAGCACAAUCCUAUGUUAUCUGAUGAAGAAGAUGAAGAUGAUCCAGAAAUGAUAGAGGCUAAGAUAGUUCUUCGCGAUGUAAAUACAUCUGACAUAAUUCAAGGGGAAAUAGAAAUACUUGACCAAAUAUGUUCUGAUAUCUGUGGUCCGCUUGUCAGAUUAAGCCCACCACCUGGAGAUAAAGAUUACGCAUUUAAUCUCAGUGAUAAUGAAGGGAUAUUCGAUUUAUUUGACAUUACAACGAAGUGAACACUACGUUUUUUAGUAAUUUCAAUUUUUUACUAAAAGUAGUGAAAAUCAAUGGACAACUUAGGCAAUUGAACCUUCAUAACAAAUCAGUGAAAUUAUUCUAACAUUAUUAAUAUUGAUGCUGAUAUGCAGUGUAUAUAAUUUUAAAUAAUGGAUGUAAAAACAAAAUCACAAA